GAGGUUGACCUGAAGGUCGCGCUCGCACUGAAGUCCGAUGCGCGCAUCAAGUGGCUCGGCAAGGCCUGCAACAUGGCGCAAGAGGGCCGAGCGUCCACGACCGACCUCUACGACAUUAUCACGAACAGGAAAUUCGCCGUCGGCGUGCACCCGAAGGUCGGUCGCAAAAUCCGGGACGUCGUGCGGGACAUCCUGUCGGUGUUCUCUGACAAGCAGCAGAGGCACUUGACGUCCGACGACUGGCUGUUCAACUCAAGCGUCCUCGAAAAGACCGCGCCCGUGCUGGAGCCGCCCGCGGCGCCCGCCGCGGAUUCCGCGGCGGCCGACGCCGCGGACGCGGCCGUGGCGGCUGCCAGGGCCCCGGCGGCGCUGGCUGCGGACUCAGCUGCUUCUGACGACAGACUGGUGAAGCCCCGGAUGUUCUUCGAGAAGCCUGCAGUUGAUAAAGCAUCCGCGGAUAAGGCGAGUGCCGACAGGGCCGCCGCCCCAGAGAAGGGGGGCUGGGUCGUGGCGCCGCGCCAGCCCGAGAGGGCGCCUGGACCGGAGGACCGCGGCGGCUGGAGCGUCGUGGAGGACAGGAGACGGAAGGUUACGGACCGCGAGAACAGGGAGCGCCUGCUCGAGCAGGAAGAGCAGGCCAAGAAAGAGAAAGAGCGGGUGGCGAGGCAAAAGCUCGAGGCCCAGGUAGAUGACUCCAUGAUGCUGCUGGAGCGGCUGGAGAAAAAAAAGCAGCACGAGCCAGAGCCCGACAAGGC